AUGACCGCCAUGGAUCCGGAAUAUUUAGAACAACAUAAACUAAGACAUAUCGAUUCUGGCGAACGUGCUUGGUGGAUAAACAGUUCUGAAAAUAUACCGGAGAUGGUGCACGCCCAGGAAGACGUAAAAAAAGUUCAACCCAAGUUUGCUAUUAGGCAUCAGGAUUUCGAAGAAACACCUUGGUGGUUAGAAGGAAACCAAGACGAUAAUCAAAACGAAGAUAUUCUCCCUCUUGGAGACAGAGCUAGUCCAGAAGGAUUGGAGAUGCCUAAAGAAGAAGAAGAAGGAAGGCAAAGUCCGUACGAUAACGUUCCCGGAAGUUAUUCAAAUAUUAAUCAAAAAGCACAACUCUUUAUUUCAAAACAUACGAAUAUAGAUGAUAUAUUGGGCGGAUCUACUCAGAUAUGGAGUCCUUUUCUGGAUAAAAUGUACGGAUACGAAAACGAGGUAGAUGUAGCUCAUGGGAGUGCUCAAGGAAACUAUGGUCCAAUGGUUUAUAGGCAGCCACAAAAAAUGGGUAGUAUUGGAGGAGGUCCUGACAACUAUAUUCAAGCUCAGCAGGCAAAGUUGGAUGAUGCGGCGCUUCAGUUGUACAAAGAUGGGGACUAUGGAUCUUACCUUGACCUCGAGGCCUCUAUCAGCGAGCAGCAAGAAGAGUUUGAGGGUUUUCAAUCAAACAAAAAGAACUCCAUAGUAUUGAGGACCCAACUAUCUGUUCGCGUUCACACCAUAAUUGAAAAAUUGCUGACAUCCGAGGGCCGGGAAUUAAGACGAGCGUUAUUCUCCCUUAAACAAAUUUUCCAGGAAGAUAAAGAUCUGGUUCACGAAUUCGUCCAGAACGACGGUCUAUCAUGUCUUAUCAAAGUCGGAUCAGAAGCAGAUCAAAAUUACCAAAAUUAUAUCUUAAGGGCGUUAGGCCAAGUUAUGCUUUAUGUCGACGGUAUGAAUGGAGUCAUGGAACACAACCAAACAGUACAAUGGUUGUAUAGCUUAAUAUCUUCCAAAUUUAGAUUAGUCGUAAAGACAGCUCUUAAGUUAUUACUAGUUUUCGUAGAAUAUACAGACUCUAAUUGCUUGUUAUUAAUAAAGGCCAUUCAUACUGUAGACUACUCACAGGGGCUUCUUCCCUACCAUAAUAUUAUGAAGCUUUUAAAAGACUUUGAAGCUGCUGAUACCGAGCUGUUAAUAUACGCGAUGACACUGAUCAACAAACUUCUCGGUGGAGUACCAGACCAAGAUACCUACUAUGACCAAAGCGAUACCCUAGAAGAACAAGGCCUAGAAGCUGUGAUUCAAAGAUACAUGUCAAAACCUGGAACUGAUCUCGAUCUUCUGCAGCAGUUCCAGAUCUACGAAGCAGUAUUACAAUACGAAGAUGGUGAUGAAAGUACUACCCCAAUUCGACAUUUGGAUGAAAACAUUAGAAAAACUAUAAGAAAUAGAAAAUCUUUAUCCCAAUCUACUGAACGAAGGAAAAGCAGACGGCACUCGACAGGAAAUAGUCCAUUGUACCCCGGUAUGGUUAGAAAUAACAAUAACUUGAAUCUGCAAACCAAUAGAGAAGAUGAAGAUGAUGAGUCUUCUAGUUCACAGUCUUCUGGUAUAAAUAAUUCUCAACUCAAUGGUAGCUAUAAGGAUAGUAAUAAAGGUAACUAUCCAUUUCAACAGAGAAUUUCAAACGGAAACUCAAUCAUGCGCAACUCAAGUCGCAAAGACCUAACGCCCUUGAUGAACGCCGUCAAUAAGCUCGAUUCUGAAGAAAAACAACCUUGGAUCUACUCAAUGAUUCAAAAUCAAGAAAACCUCGAAGAUGCUGAAAACGCAAACGACAACGAUCGAAACGUCUUACUACAACUAAAACGCGAGAAUACAGUUAAAGAUAUUACCCAGAAGCUAGCGAAUCAAAAUAUAUUACAUAGUCCGUCCGAAGAGAAUAAAAUAAAUCGAAUAGGUGAUAUGUCUGGGUUAAUAUCUAAAGCUAAGGAAGGACUGGCCAAAUCAAAAUCAAAAGCGGAUGUUUUGAAGACUCCUAGUGGCGAAAACGUACCUAAAACUGAGAUUAAGAAGUCCGAGAACGAACUAAGAUGGGAAGAACUGAUAGCUAGCCUUAAUCGAUCCCUGAACUUAUGUGAUAUGGACUUUACCGACCUAGGAAGCGACGACGAAGUAGAUAUACUAGCCCCAGUAGCUGUAACGAACGGUAUACCUCCUCCCCCUCCGCCUCUUAAGGACAUGUGCAGCGCUCCACCUCCUCCGCCGAGAAUCGUACCACCUGCACCAGCUGCUCCAGCUCCUCCUAUGUUUAACCUCCAAAGACAAAAUAAAUCCUCAGAAACCAAAAUACCAAUUAAGAAGAACAAGAAAACUGUCAAACUAUUUUGGAAGGAAGUUAGAGAUGAUGCCAUCAGUCAUCUUAAACUAAAGACUGGAUUUAUUUGGGAUGAACUGUCUCCAGUUACUGUGGAUACCCAAAAGUUGGAGCAUUUGUUUGAGUCCAGGGCGAAGGACCUUAUUACUAAGAAACAACAAGAAAUGAAUAAAAACAAAGAGAUCAUAGUUCUGGAUCCCAAACGUUCCAAUGCUAUCAACAUCGGUAUGACGAAGCUCCCACCACCUCGCUCCAUUAAAACCGCUAUCUUAAAAAUGGACGCAACAAUUAUGAACCGCGAAGGCAUCGAGAAACUUCUCACCAUGUUACCAACGGAAGAAGAGAGAACCAAGAUACAGGAGGCCCAAGCCGCCAAUCCUGACAUACCUCUCGGUAGUGCCGAGCAAUUCCUUUUAACCUUAGCCUCCAUUUCUGAGCUGCCAGCUCGUCUGAAGCUGUGGGCUUUUAAACUGGAUUUCGAGAACUCAGAACGUGAAAUCGCUGAGCCCCUUAUGGAUCUCAAGCAGGGCUUUGAAGUUCUGCGUGUAAAUAAAACUUUUAGGGGAAUUCUGAGUACGUUGCUCUCUGUCGGAAAUUUCCUGAAUGGGAAUGAAGUGAGGGGUUUUCAAAUUGAGUAUCUAGCCAAAGUACCUGAAGUUAAGGAUACGGUUCACAAGCAUUCGUUGUUGCACCACCUUUGCCAUAUUGUCAUGGAGAAGUUUCCAGAUGCUACCGAUUUGUAUUCAGAGAUUGGAGCUAUAACCAGGGCAUCGAAGAUCGACUUCGACGAACUCGCCCUAAAUAUCCAAAGGCUCGAAGCAGAUUGCAAAGCCUCCUGGGACCACUUAAAAGUAAUAGCCAAGCACGAUGGGUCUACAAUGAUGAAAGUUAAGAUGUCUGACUUCCUAUCAGAUUGCGCGGAAAGAAUUAUCCUCCUGGGAAUAGUACACAGAAGGAUAAUCAAUAGGUUUCAUAAGUUCCUUCUAUGGUUGGGGAUUCCCCUGCACCAGAUUUCUGACACCAAACCCAAUGAGUUCUGUAGAAUAGUAUCCGAAUUCUCACUUGAAUACAGAACGACGAGGGAGCGAGUACUGCAACAGCUAGAGAAGAAAGCAAACCAUAGAGAGAGAAACAAGACACGUGGAAAAAUGAUAACAGAUGUAGGAAAAUUCAGAACAAAAGAAGACAGAGCCGACGCAGAGCUCCGCCAAUUACUCGGCAGCGAUAUGUCCGAUGUAGAAAGUCUUCAAGGAACACUUCCGUGGAGAAGAACGCGCAGAGAAAGUAAUAGGUCUUUUAUGAACACCGGAAACGGCAACUUGACUGAUGGAGACGACGAGCUGAUCGAAACGUUGGUAAAAACCGCCACUAAAGCGCCUUCAACCAGAACUGCCCCCAGGGAGAGAAAGAGAACCAGACAUGCUGACAGAAAGUCUCUUAAGCGAUCUAGAACUAGAGAAAAUAAUCCAUUGGGUACCAGAGAUUCUCCAUGA